AUGGGUGAAAAUGGUGACAUUCCAAAGAAGUGCAAUGAAAGGAACAAGAAGAAGGCCAUUUUUUCAAAUGAUGAUUUUUCAGGGGAAGACACUUUAAUGGAGGAACAUUUGCAAUUGCGUGAAAAAUUUUCAGAAGAUAUUGAUAUGAUAAAGUCUUCCCUUAAAAAUAACCUCGUAUGCAGUACACUAAAUGAUAAUGAAAUACUGACAUUAUCUAAUUAUAUGCAAUUUUUUGUUUUUAAAAGUGGUGACCUAGUAAUAAAACAGGGAGAGAAAGGUUCUUAUUUCUUCAUAAUAAACAGUGGGAAAUUCGAUGUUUAUGUUAAUGAUAAAAAGGUGAAGAGUAUGGGAAAAGGAAAUUCAUUUGGAGAAGCAGCUCUAAUUCAUAACACACAGAGAAGUGCAACAAUAAUAGCAGAAACAGAUGGUGCAUUAUGGGGUGUACAAAGAAGUACUUUCAGGGCUACACUAAAACAGUUAUCUAAUAGAAAUUUUUAUGAGAAUAGAAAAUUUAUUGAUUCUGUGUCAGUAUUUGAUAUGUUAACAGAAGCACAGAAAAAUAUGAUUACGAAUGCAUGCGUUAUUCAGAAUUUUAAAGCGGGAGAAACAAUAGUCAAGCAGGGCGAUUAUGGAGAUGUGUUGUAUAUAUUGAAGGAAGGUAAAGCCACCGUUUUUAUUAAUGAUAAAGAAAUAAGAGUUCUUAACAAAGGUUCCUAUUUUGGAGAACGAGCAUUGUUAUAUGAUGAACCGAGAAGUGCAACAAUAAUUGCAAAAGAACCCACAUCAUGUGCAUCUAUUUGUAGGAAGUUGUUAAAUGUAGUGUUAGGGAAUCUUCAAGUUGUAUUAUUUCGAAACAUCAUGACAGAAGCAUUGCAACAAAGUGAUAUAUUUAAACAAUUCAGUGCAGAACAAUUGAACGAUUUAGUAGAUAUAGCUAUUGUUAGGGAUUAUCCAGCAAAUUAUCACAUUCUUCAUAAGGACAAAAUAAAAUCUGUAAAAUAUAUUAUUGUAUUAGAAGGUAAGGUAGAAUUAUUUCUUGAUGAUGAAUCUAUUGGGAUAUUAACAAGAGGUAAAUCGUUUGGUGAUCAAUAUGUUUUAAAUCAGAAACAGAAAUUUAGACAUACCAUUAAAUCUUUGGAAGUUUGUAAAAUAGCUUUAAUAACGGAAUCAUGUUUAGCUGAUUGUUUAGGAGAUAAUAACAUAGAUGCAUCAAUUGAUUAUAAUAAUAAAAAAAACAUUAUAAAAAAAAUGUAUAUAUUUAGAUAUCUAAGUGAACAACAAUGCAAUUUAUUAAUUGAAGCAUUUAGAACAACAAGAUAUGAAGAAGGAGAUUAUAUAAUCCAAGAAGGAGAAGUGGGUUCAAGAUUCUAUAUCAUAAAAAAUGGUGAAGUAGAAGUAGUAAAAAAUGGAAAAAGAUUAAGAACUUUAGGAAAAAAUGAUUAUUUUGGAGAAAGAGCAUUAUUAUAUGAUGAACCCAGAACUGCAACUAUCAUAAGUAAAGUAACCAAUUUAGAAUGUUGGUUUGUGGAUAAAAGUGUCUUUUUGCAAAUUAUUCAAGGACCUAUGUUAACACAUUUGGAAGAGCGAAUCAAAAUGCAAGAUACCAAAGUAGAGAUGGAAGAAUUAGAAACAGAAAGAAUUAUAGGAAGAGGAACAUUUGGAACUGUUAAAUUAGUACAUCAUAAACCAACGAAAAUUAGAUAUGCAUUAAAAUGUGUUAGUAAAAAAAGUAUAAUAAGUUUAAAUCAACAAAAUAAUAUAAAAUUGGAAAGAGAAAUAACUGCAGAAAAUGACCAUCCAUUUAUUAUACGACUAGUUAGGACAUUUAAAGACAAUAAAUAUUUUUAUUUCUUAACAGAAUUAGUAACAGGUGGAGAAUUAUAUGAUGCUAUUAGAAAAUUAGGUUUAUUAUCAAAACCUCAGGCACAGUUUUAUUUGGGUUCUAUAAUCUUAGCUAUUGAAUAUUUACAUGAAAGAAAUAUUGUAUAUAGAGAUUUGAAGCCAGAAAAUAUUUUGUUAGAUAAACAAGGUUAUGUAAAACUUAUAGAUUUCGGUUGUGCUAAGAAAGUUCAAGGUAGAGCAUAUACAUUAGUAGGUACACCUCAUUAUAUGGCACCUGAAGUUAUAUUAGGGAAAGGAUAUAGUUGUACUGUCGACAUCUGGGCAUUAGGAGUUUGUUUAUAUGAAUUCCUUUGUGGCCCACUUCCAUUUGGAAAUGAUCAAGAAGAUCAGUUAGAAAUAUUUAGAGAUAUAUUAACAGGUCAGCUAACUUUUCCAGAUUAUGUAACAGAUACAGAUAGCAUAAAUUUGAUGAAACGAUUAUUAUGCAGAUUGCCUCAGGGACGAAUUGGCUGCUCGAUAAAUGGGUUCAAAGAUAUCAAGGAACACACUUUUUUCUCCAAUUUUAAUUGGGAUAAGCUAGCUGGACGUUUACUCGAUCCACCUUUAGUAUCCAAGGGAGAAACAUAUGCCGAGGACAUCGAUAUUAAGCAGAUUGAGGAGGAGGAGGAGGAUGAUGCACUAGAUGCAAAUGAUCCUAUAAACGACGAUGCCAAUUGGGACAUUGAUUUCUGA